AUGGCUUUCGCGCACCAGGAUGUGCUUGCCUUCGUUGCUGGGUUGCCCCAGGGUGCCCUGGGAGGCGCGGCGCAACAGGACAUGGUGGAAUGGUGCUCGUUCCUGCUCGACGUUGAUCCGUCGCCGAAGGCGAAGCACGACCUCUUCUGGUACCUGUCCGUCGGGCGCCUGCUGGGGGAGACGAUGGGCUCCAUCUCUCCCCUGGACUUGGCCGAGCCUGCCAUGCGGGACGUCAUCAGCAGCACGAUCAAACACGGCGAGAAGCCGUACGACAAGGAUGGUGAGAGCCCCGUGUUCCGUGCGUGGGCAGUGCAGCCAGCCCAGAUCGCCUUCGCACUCCGUGUUCAGAGGAAGUGCGGGGCCACAGAGCCGCCUCCUCCAACUCCCGAGGCCACCUUGGCUUCCACGAUGCGCGAGUACUUGGAGGCCCAGGCGGCCACCCACAAGCGGUCAACCAAGGCGCUUUCUUUUAAGCUGUCUGAGCGGGUUGCUGAGCUUGGCAUGGCCACCUUCCCGGAGGAUCUGCUGCCAUCGGAAGAGAACUUGGCUGUUUUCGAGGCGGCAGGCCGCGUCGCACGUGACAAAGGCCGCUUGUACAUCGGCAGCGCAGAAGGCGAGGACCUGCAAAGGAACUUUCGCCCUUCAUGGUCACGCGUGCCGGCCGUCGAGGUCCCCGUUGGGGACGGGUCGGUGCCCGACCGCCAGCGGCAGAUGGCCGAGCUGAAGCGCGCUCGCGCCGCCACGGAGGUGGCGGAGGAGCACGGCGGCGCCCGCACCGCGUACCAGUGCGACAUCCUGGCGCGGAAAGCGAUGGCCAAGGGCCUAGAGAAGGGCGACGCCGACUGGAAAGUGAUGUUCUCCAGGAUCGACCGGGACCUGGCCAAGGAGGCCAGGGACAAGGUGACGGCCAGAGCUUCUGAUGCUGCGAAGUUCGCCCACACCAAGGGCAAGGGCAAGGGGAAAGCCGACGGCGCCGCUCAGAAGGGCGGUUCCGGUCACGGCUCUGCCGCCAGCUCGGCGGCGCACCCACGCAAGCAGCAGGGCGGCUGGCAGGGCGGCUGGCAGAGCCAGGACCGCGGCGCCAAAGCGUGGAAGAAGUGA